UCCCCAAAGCCGGUCCAGUACUUGACCUGAUCUACCGAAUUCAAAGAAAUCUGUAGCCCAUGUUAAUGUUAUGAGAAAUAUAAUAUGUGUUACGUUGGUUUUCAAAGGAAUUCCCUGAUCAUUAAAUGUAUACUUUAUAAUUUCCUAGUAAGUGCACCAAUAAGUUUUCUGGAAAACAUGUACAGUGUAUUAUUUUUUUGUUGAUAACAAUUGUUAAAAGACAUUUUAGAAGUGGUGAGUGCUUUUUAAUGGUUCAACAGUUGACAUCAUGAAAACGAAAAAUGUUGCUGAACGAAUUAUAAUUUAUUUGUUAUUUCUGAGGAGCAGGUGUCUGGCAGAAGUUCUGGAAACUGAUAUCGAAUGUUUUGUUACAGAACCUGCGAUUGAGAUCACAGGAUACCUCCCAGAAUACAUGAAAGGUGGACAGAAUAUCGUAUUAGAGGGCCAACAUUAUCCUGUCAUCAGAGCAGAUGCUUUCAAAGGACUCGAUUGUUUUUCUUUGAGUUUGAAGUCAAAUAGCAUCGAAGCAAUCCAUGGAGGGGCUUUCGGAAGUUCUUCCAUAAAAGUUCUGGAUUUGUCAAACAAUUUACUGAAAUGUAUUUUCAAAAGCGGAUUACAAGUGAAAGGUUUAGAAGUACUCAACUUAUCCAAGAACCAAAUAACAUAUAUUGAUACCGAGUCAUUUUCUGAUGGCUUGAUGAAUUUGAACUUGGAAUAUAAUAGAUUGACUGAAUUUGAUACUAGGAAUUUCCCGAAUUUAAAAAAUAUCCGUGAUAUCAAUCUAGCUCGAAAUGGACUGAUUUCAAUACAUUUCGAUUUGAUGACCAAGAUAGAAAAAGUGGAUUUGAGUCAUAAUUAUCUGCACGAAUAUAAUUUUUCUAAUUUGACGAGUAUUACGUAUCUAAACCUGGAACACAACAAACUACGACGCAUAAAAGGGGAAUCCUUUCUGAACAUGGAAAAUCUGCUGGAAUUAGAUUUGUCUAGUAAUAUGCUAGAAGAUAUACUUUUCAUGAAUAAUAGCUUUCCAAAACUGAUUAUUCUCAAGCUACAAAAUAACAAUAUAAAACAUAUCCCAGAUAACUUGUUCCUGAAGAGCGACAACCUGAUGGAGUUAGAUUUGUCGCGAAACUAUUUGCGAUAUUUCAAUUUCUCUAAUAAUCAAUUGAAGAAGGUGUGGCGACUGAAGAUGAACAAUAUGAAACUACAGAAGAUUAAUCCGUCACAAUUUUUGAAUUUCGAUUCACUUUCUGAAAUCGAGUUGUCACAUAAUUAUUUGUCGGAUUUUAACAGUUUCUCCUUCCCAAAAUUAUGGAGAUUGGAUUUGAGCCACAAUCUUUUUAGAAAGAUUGAUAACAAUUUCUACAAUUUGAAAGCUUUGGGAAGCUUGGAUUUAUCUUAUAAUUACAUAGAUUCGUUUGAUGUAGCAAAGUGUGAACUGCACAGGCUGUGGAAGAUAAAAUUGAAUAACAAUAAUAUUGCCGAAAUUAGCCACAGUCACUUUCCAAAAUUAAAUUUUCUACUACUUCUGGAUUUGUCUAACAACCAUCUAAAAACUUUCAGUAUUUCUGGAGAUGGAUUUCAGCGGUUGAGAGUGCUCGACAUGUCUUUCAAUAAUCUUUUAACGUACCAGGAGUCCAUUUUUGAUAGCUUGAGCUCCUUGCGAUUCCUCAACCUGAGAAAUAACUUCAUAGAUCGAGUGCCAUCAUCAGUCUUUUUCGAAAACUCGAAGUUGUUUUACUUGGAUCUCUCCUAUAAUCUCAUCAACUCAUUCAAAUACAAUGAAACGUUUAGAAAAACUAGUCUGAAAACAUUCAACAUAUUCGGGAAUCCCAUCAAUUGUUUACAUCUCAGACGAAUAGAGGAGUAUUCCAGCCAGAAUGGGAUAGCGAUGGAUCGUUGUGAUGCUCGAUUUUUGGGAAACGGAAAGAUCCCAAUUUGUGUUAACUAUGACUGUGAUUGUGAAUAUAUAUACAGCCCUUUCACUGAAAGUUUUCUCCAGCAUGCCUUUCAUCGGCGAGAUAUUAAAAAUUGUAGUUUUGAUGUGUUAUCCCAUAAUGGAGCCUGAAAAAUUAUAUAAGGUGAUUGAAAAAAUAAAUUGUGACGAGUU